AUGCUGUCAAUAUUGAGAAAAGCUCGCUUAAAGGACAAAGAGAUGAGGAUUCUGAUGCUUGGUCUUGAUAAUGCUGGGAAGACAACAAUUGUGAAGCAGAUUAUGAAGGAAGAUGUCACAACUGUCAGCCCUACACUGGGCUUUAUCAUUAAAACAAUAGAUUUUGAAGGAUAUAGAUUGAACAUAUGGGACGUCGGGGGACAGAAAACCCUCCGGUCGUACUGGAAAAAUUACUUUGAGAAGACAGACACACUUGUCUGGGUGGUAGAUGCAACAGACCGUCUUCGAGUUGAUGAUUGCCGGGAUGAACUCGCGGGCCUACUCCUUGAAGAGCGCCUGAUGGGAGCAAGUCUUCUGAUCUUCUUGAACAAGACAGAUGUAGAGGGAUGUAUGACGGAAGAUGAAGUCCGUGAAGCUCUACGGACAUCUGCUGAACACUCUCCAGCGGCUUCGCCUGGAUUCAAUAAAGACCCAUAA